AUUUUGAAACAAGUCGCGUAAAUGCGUGUUAUUGUCUUUUCGGGGGUACGCGGACUAGAAGAUAUUCUAAUAAAUACACGCCUUUGCGUUACAACGUAUACAUAUGAGGAUGCUUAAAGGCUCGCUAGGACGUAAUGCUAACGGCUUGGAUUUCUAAAAAAGCUUGACAAGUGUCAAUUAUACAUUAUAUAUAUAUACAUUGCAAUAGUCACGUUUGAACUGCGGUGUGUAAAUUGAAUUGAAAUUGAAUCGAAAGAGCUGCGGUUCAGCGGUGAAACCGCGUGCAAAUCGUACAAGGGACACUUGGAGAUUGAAGAGGUUACGAGACAUUUUACGCGACUCGAGGCAAAUCUCGAAGCGUCAAGAUGCCAAAGCUGAAGCAGCCAACACCCCUGAAAAAACGGGCAUUCGAUUUCAUCGUGACUCACUGCGCGAGUUAUUGCCACCAGCUGAGCGUCAAGGGGGAUUUGGAGAAACUACGUCAGACCAUUACUGAGAUAAAAAGUGAGGUGUUUUCAUGGCUACCGCCGAUUCUUAACCAGCUCUCGGAGUUCUGCGAAAGAUUUUUUGACGAAUUUUCAAAGUUUGGCAAGGAGAUGGCAAAAUCGGGUGGUCGCGUUCGCUCGAUGACGCACAGGAAAGUAGCGGUGGAGAUAAUGAUGGACGUAGAAAUACCUGGACUUCGAUGUUCGGACUUGCACCUCGAAUGCGCCAAUCGUUCUGAGUAUCGGAGAUUUCAGAGCAUCGAGGUAUUGAUAAUGCAAAGUCCGUCGCACGCAUUCCCAUCUUCCAAAGCCAUGAGCUAUUUUCGUCUAGAAAACCUGAUCGAAAUCUGGUUGAUAACCAGAUGCAACAACCAGGAACUCCGGAUAAUUGGAACGCAUUGCAAGAAGCUGCAAAUCUUGAACAUCACUUAUUCGCGAUACGUCACCGACGACGGAUUACGAGCUCUGCAGUUUUGCGCCGAUUUACGCGUCAUUGAUUUCGUUGGCUCAGUAAUCUCCAAUGAUUGCAUCAACGAGCUGCUGUCGACGCAUAAGAAACUGGAGGAGUUCAAUAUCAUCAAACACGACUACUUGCCGUGGGCAGGCAGAGUCGAAGUAUACGACCCGUGUUCGCGACCAAGAGAGUUGGUCUGUCCGUCGAUAAGACGCUACUGUGCCAGAGGGCCGGUUUCGGAGGCUAAUCUAACCGCGAUCACGGUGCUGUUUCCGAAUUUAACCUAUAUUCAGUUUUGCUGUCAGUUUUUCAGUGACUUGACCGUAUUAAAGAACCUCAAACACCUCACCGAACUCAGUUUCUUGAGUAGUUAUUCCAUAUUGAGUCACGUAAGGCACCUGUUGACAACCGUCGGCGGAAAUAUUUCUUCGUUAGAAGUAAAGAUGAGUUUCAGAGGGAACGAAUAUUUCAAACAGGAUGAUGUGAACUUCGUUCAUCAAUUAUGCCCAAAUAUAGAGGAAUUGGUACUCCCUUACGAACCCAAUGCACCGUACGAUAUAUUGGUGGUGCCGCCUUUCAACAAAUUAAAAAUACUUUCGUUAAAAAAUAGCAGCUCGUGGGAGGCAACGGUAGAAUUUCAUCAAUUGCCAGAGCUCGAAACUCUUAUGCUCGCGAACUUUAACCCAAUUGUACAAAUUGUCGAACGUGCCAUGUUCGAUAAUGUGAAAUUCCCAAAAUUGAAAAGGUUCUGCUCCAUGCUUUUGACGGCCAGAAGAGAUACCGGACUCGACGAUUUGAAUACAGUCGCGAGAGAGAGGAAUCUUGAUUUUAAAAUUAUAACUAUUUCCGAUCAUGAUCUGUAGAUGUGAGAUUGGCCUUCUAUUUCGCUAAAUAAUAAUUUUCCUUCAAUGCUGAAUAUAACUUGUUCUUCAAUCAACGCUCGGUGAUACGAGAGAAAAUUUUGUACAAAAAAUGUGUUCAAUUAUGUAUA